AUGGACUCGGAUCUGGAAACGGCACGGCGUAGAGCUGGAGAGGCCACUAUUGAUUCUGAGAGCGAGCUAUGUGAUGUCAUGCUCAGAAACUUCUUCGAUCUCUCUACCGACGCCAUCAAUGCCGGGCUUCCCAUACGCCUCCAUGGCAGGUGGAAAAGGUGCUCAGACAGGGGGAGCGGCCGCUCUGAUUGGGAAUUCCGGCGGCGCGACGGUGAAAUCGUUGCUAUCGUCGAGGUCAAGCUGCGCAUCGUUCUAACGACAGCUGGCGAAGGUGACCGUGACCACCCGGUUAGAACGAGACUCAGUAGUUCAAUGACGCAAGGUGAUACAGCUGGGAGGGAAGGGGCUCAAAGCGACGCAAGGGAGGCUCAAAGCGACGCAAAUGAGACCCAAAGCGACGCAAGGGAGGCUCCAAGCGACUCAAGUGACAGCGACCCGUCCCAGACCGAUAAGAAGGACAGUGAUUACGUGCCCAGCGACGAGGAGAAGCCGGAUGAGGAAAUCUCCAUGCAUCUGUCGCUGAGGUUGGAGGAACUGUUGAGGGAGUGCAAGCAGGAUCAGGGCUUGAAGCUCAUUCUGGCUGAUAGGAAAGGAAAAGAUGGUGAAGCCCAGCUCGCCUUGCGCAUUGUGGACCAACAGACGAAUAUCGUGCCCGAAAUGACGCACUGGGCAAUGGGAUUGUCCCAGCUCUGGGAACAACUUCACGUCUACAAACUCGACCUCGUCGUACUCACCUCCUACGAAGUUUGGAUCCCUUUCCAGCGCGAUCCCAAAAUCGAGAACCUGCUUCGUAUGGGUGACCCAAUCCAUAGGAAGGAGCCCGGAACUGCGCCUGAUCUUGAGAAGAUGUCGCCUAUGGAGCUUGCAGUGGCUUCCGUGAUUGAGAGGGACCCCGCACCCUCACUCAACCGUACAUUCCUACCUCUACCUCGCUGGCCCUUGUCCGAAGCUUUGGGGAAUGAUUCAACGCAGAAUGACCAGAACGAGCGCCGGAGAGGGGCCUCGGGAUCGAGGGGCACGAAGCGUGGAUACGACGAAGUUGGCGGCACUGGCGGCGCUGGAAGUGACGAUGCUAUUGAUGGAGACGCAAACAUCCCGAGGAAUCAACAUGCACCCGUCACUCUGCAGGUUUCUGUGUCCAACGAUCACUCCCCUGACGCUCUUCACUACUUCAAUCAAACCAACUUGAAUGAUGGCUAUAUCACCGGUUGCCUUUCCCCCUCCGUCAUUGCAUCCUUGGCCGACGACAACAGCAUCCACUCGGGGCUGCCUACUUCCGGGCUUAAAGCCCACCUCGCCCUCGGUAGCUAUAUCAGCUCUGGGCGCCUGUGGGACGUCUACCACUCCGUCCUCACCGUCGAAGGCCGUAGUGAGUAUUACAAGGGAUUUUUCGAAGACUCCGAAGAGGCAGUGGCUGCAUAUCGUCUCGAGGCGGCGCUGUACAAUGGCCCUCUCGCAAGCCUACAAGGAGGGGCUGUCCCCGCAUCGUAUGGCUCGUUCAGUGGUGCAAUGUGUCUUGGGCUUAUCUCUGGGGGCUACCCAUUGCACAUCGAAUUGAUGGAGGAUGUCGGGGGGCCAGCCGCCGGAGAGAGUGAGCUGCAGGAUCUGCCUUUGCAGGAUAGACAGGCUAUCCGGGACCUCUACCAUCAAAUUCAUGCGGUGCGCGUUCUUCACCGCGACGUAGAGCCACGCCACAUUCGCCGACGCGCCGACGGCCGCUUUGCUCUCAUCGACUUUGACGCCUCUCGCUCGGUGCAGGACGGUCCCGAGGGCGACCGAAGGCUGGCAUCUGAGGGGCGCCGGGUAGCGGCUAUGCUUGGGUUAAAGGUUCGUGCUGCGGGGAAAGCAGAGUCUCGCCAACAUCAGGGGCCAGAGAUGGUAGCCGGCCUUGGGGCGGUUGACCGGGGCAUCCAGGUUGUGUAG